AUGGAUGAACUUGCCCUCCGACCCAAGACCAUGUACAGCGAUUGGUACUCGGGCACAAACAUCGCAUCGAAGUUGUCGACGGCCAUAAUAUCCGAAGCGUAUGAAGAAGCUAGGAAUAUUUUCCAGACUGAACUAAGCACGUCCGAGAAAGAAAAGGUUUGGGCAAACGAAAAAUCAUCUAUCGAUGCCGUGAGAGACGAGGUAUCGAGAGCGUCGGAAAGAUAUCAUUCCUCGCGAUCUCCAACCAAAGCAAGAGAAUGGCUGUUGAAAUUUUCGGAAAGGGUUGCGCAUUAUGGAGCGAUCAUGGACGUGUUGGUGCAGCAUCACCCAGAAUACACCUCGCUUGCUUGGGGGACUAUGAAAUUCCUAUUCACAGCUGUCAUAAAUCAUGAGGAACUCACCAAGCAACUCGCAAAAGCUCUUUGCAAGAUUGCAGACGUUUUACCCCGCACUGAUUUCACCCUCAUUCUGUACCCGACGGCAGUGAUGCAAGAGGCGGUAGCACGAUUAUACGCCUAUGUGAUGAAGUUUCUCCGGACUGCAAUAGUCUGGUAUAAGAAAGGAAAAGUCUAUCAUGCCAUAGGAUCGGUCAUCAAUCCAUGGGCACUGAGCUUCAAGGAGAACGUCCAAGAAAUUGAUGAACAGUCACGCAUGAUUGAUCGUCUGGCCAGUACCGCUUCGAAGGCUGAGCUGAGGGAUAUGCAUCAUGAGAUUGCAGAACAACGAACACAGCUAGCCGAGUUGAUCGCAAUGCUCAAGCAACAAAGUCCACAAAUUGAGCAACUUGUCUCGGUGGCUAUCGCAACACGUAACAUUCAAGAAGAAAUCAAACUGGACUUGAACAGCCAUAAGGGAAUGCUACAACAGAUUCAACUGACCCAGAUCCUGGAUUUAAAGUGGUCCCAAGACUUGCCUUCGUCGGGUGAAAGCUUGGGCUACUGCCUAUCGAUUCAGAAACGCAAAAGAACACGCACAAAACUUUCUCAUACUCAAGUCACAAUGAUGCAAACCUGGGCUGCAGCACGCAAGUCUUCUGUUAUGAUCAUCCAAAGCAGGUCCGCAAGCACAACCAAAGACUUACUAAUAGAUCUUGUGUCACUUAUCCGGACCACAUCACACCCAAUUAUCUGGGCGCUGAGGUUCCCGAACUACUCAAGCAGACAGCUGACUCGUCGAGAUAUCCUCAGGGUAUUGGUGUCUCAAGCACUGCAGAUAAAUCCAAGUGCAACAAGCUCUUCCAAUCCCGUAACGGCGGUCCAUCUAAUGGAAGCCGUGGACGAAGAUGAUUGGUUCAGGCUCCUUGGAUGAGCUCUGUUUGGAUUACCGGAGAUCAACAUUGUGAUAGAUUCGGACUUAUUCGGGUCUGUGGUAGGCCAAGAUCGAAAAGGCGGGACGAGCUUCUUGCAGCGUUUACCCGAGUUCGUAGGAGGGACGUAUGUGAAGGUAUACGUGUCGUCGGCUAAUGUGGACGAGGAGUUUGUGCAGACGACGUGGGAUGCUGAUAUGUGGGAGAAGCUGGCCAUUGAGGAGCAAGCUGAUGGACAAAUGUCCCGGCGAGAGCGAAAGCAACGUGCGGGAAGAGGAAGAGGUGGCGGUAGAGGACGUGGUGGUCGCCGGCGAUAAAGAUGAUUUUCCAUGGAGGUUACGAGAGAAGCGGGAGGAAUAUAUACGGACGAAGAAACACGCCAGCGGGGAGGAGCGCUAGUGGCUCUCCGUACCGAGUCCCAUGCGGAAGGGUGCAACAUCAACAAACACCAUCCCUAAGCGACUCGAGACAUCUUGAUAUUGUUUUAUCUAGAUACACACACAACGGAUUCAACAUUCUUCAGAAUCCCCCAAUCUCACUUCUUCAAAAACAAAGUCUGCGAGUUGCAAUACGACUUCAAACCAGCGAGGCCAUUCUCCGAACCAAUACCCGAAUUCUUAUGUCCACCAAAAGGAACGCGAGGAUCCAAAUCAGUGUGCGUGUUCACCCAAACGGUACCCGCCUCGAUCUUCAUAGCCAUUUUAUUCGCACGCUCCAGGUUGGACGACCAGAUUGAGCCUCCAAGACCGUAGUGUGUGUUGUUUGCCUUUUCGAUGGCUUCGUCGUCAGUGGCAAAGCUGAGGAGUGGGACGAUCGGGCCUGCACUACGAGUUAGCAUCCUAUUCUGAAGGAUUGAAAGAAUUAAACAGAUUGGACUUACCGAAAGGCUCCUCAACAACAAGUCUGGAGUCCUCAGCUGGACGAUCAAUGAUCGUUGGGGUGAUGAAGUAGCCCUUUCCUGACGGGUUGACACCUCCAACUGCAACGUUCAUCUUCUCCUUCUUAGCAUCAUCGAAGAAGCCCUGGACUCGGUCGUAUUGCAUCUUGUUCUGGAUAGGACCCAAGAAUACGCCGUCCUCAUUUCCCUCUCCCAGCUUAAGUGUCUUUGUGUAUCGGACCAUGGCGUCGCGGAACUCGUCGAUGAUCUUCUCGUGGACGUAGAUACGUUUGAUGGCAAUGCAGAUCUGUCUAUAUUAGCACACUGAUAUCUCUUCUUCGGGAGCGCUUCAACUUACCUGUCCAGAGUUGAGGAAUGCAUAGGUGGCAAUCUGUUACGCUUGUUAGCGAGACCAUGCCCUAUGUCGAGCGGUUUCCCUACCUUUGCAGCAACCUCCUCAAUAUUCACAUCAUCGCAAAUAAUCGCCGGAUCCUUGCCACCCAGCUCAAGCGUAACCCUCUUCAACGUCUUACUCGCCGAAGCCAUAACCUUCUUUCCCGUAGCAGUCGACCCCGUAAAACUAAUCUUCGCCGGCGUCUCAUGCUCAACGAGCCAGAUCCCCAGAUUAUCGUCCCCAGAAAGGCCCUGUAGCACACCAGGAGGGAAGAACUGCUGUCCCAGCUCCACGAGCUUCAGUCCUCCAGCAGGGGUGAAUGGCGAAGGCUUGAUAAUGAUUGGGUUGCCGGUGACGAGGGACAUGCCAAUUUUGCCGCAUGCGAGAAGGAUCGGGAAGUUCCAGGGGACGAUACCGACUGCUACGCCAAGGGGCGUGUAUCGAACAACAAUGAUCUUCUCGUCGUCUUCGAGUCGCUCUUCCUUGAGAUCGUGGCUUGCUGCUGCACGGAGCCAGGACACUGCUGCGUCGAUUUCCAUCUGGGCAAACAUAAUCUACAUUUACUUUAGCAGAAGCUCGCCCUCUACACAAUAUCUGCGUUUGUUUAUCUUACCGGCUUUCCUUGCUCUUUAGUAAGAAGCUUUGCGAAACCCUCCUUCUCGGCCUCAAGCGCAUCUGCGAAAGCCCUGACAGCUUUCUGACGCUCAGGAUAUGGCACAGCAGACCAUGUCUUGAAAGCCUUCUUAGCUGCUGCCAUGGCUCUAUCGACAUCUUCCUGGGAUGCUACUGGCACUGUUGAACUGUUCUCUUCCGUGGCAGGAUUGAUACCAUGGCGACUAUUCUUUGCGUUGUCAGGCUUUCCGUCAAUAGUAUUGUGGAAGGAAUCCCAUGACAGCUUUGACGUGCCGUUGGAGGCGUUGCCGUUGGUGGUUGCUGAUGGAGCCAUUUUGAAUGUAAAUGAUAUGUCUCUAUAAGUCUUCUACAAGUCUGAUUUUGAAGUUAUUCCCAAGUGUUGAAGAUAGAAAGAGACUGAGAAUGAAAAGGAAAGGAAACUCUCAAAAACACAAAGCAAUUACCCCUCCUUAGAGUUGGUCUAGUGUGAGGGGCGACGCAAUGCCUGGGAUGUUCUAGACAGAUCAAGUAUGCUGUUCGACUUGGCUUGGGUAGCUCUGUUCAGCUCAGAUGCUAUGGUAACGUAAUUGGACGAUUUGGCCUCGGCUAUCGCUGUACCGGGUUUGACUGCCACGGCACGCUCCACUACCCCGCAUUAGUUAUCCUUCACCCUGUACUUUGGGCACCAGAAGUGUUUGACGUGCGGUUGAUCGCCGAUAAAAGUUUCGGUGUUAAGGGCAUUGACUGGUGUUUGUUCGGCUACUCAGAAACUUUGAGGAGUCUCGUACGUGGAUCGCUUACAGUGGUUGUUAUGUUUACAUUUCGCCUCGUCAAAGUCACAAAUCAGCGUGCACCCUUCUAAGCAGUGGCAGAGAUGCACAGAUGCUGACAGCACUAACUUUAAGCUUAUCCCAGUAGACCGCUGUGGGAGGCCUGGCUACAGUCAGAUGCUCACUAAUUGAAUCUGACAGUGAUGAUCAUCCGUUUGAACUUUGACACACUUUUCAGGCGCCACUCCAUAGGAGUGCUUGAGGUUUUGUUUGAAAUUAUUAAGAACACUACAAAGUACGUGGCGGUGUCACAGAAGACAUAUCAGUACGAAAGAAUAUCUUCAUUCACCAUGUAGAGCCCGCACGAUUUAGCCCACCUGAUAGCUACCAAGAAAACUCCCAUCCUCCACG